CAUACGAGCAGAACAGAUCUGAAAAGAACCGGGAUUCUCUGUCGUUGCUCUCGGGUUGGAUCGGAUCCGUAAUUGCAGCAGACGUGGUCCCCGGCGGUCCCCAGUGGUCCCCGGAGAGGGACGCCCCCUCUGUGACAUGUGAAGGGAGGGACGAGGCCCCAGGCUUGGCGAACACACAGGCAAAUCCACAGAUUGAUGGGGUGUAGGAGGAGCGGCACCGCAGAGCACCUGUAGGAGAUCCCGCAGCAUCACUCGUGAACGCACGAGUUUCAUGGCUCUCAGCUAGAGACCAAGGAGGGACAAUCAAGAUGAACUCGAUUCCGUCGAUGGACCGGCACAUACAGCAGACCAAUGAUCGGCUGCUCUGUAUAAAACAGCACUUGCAAAACCCGGCGAAUUUCCAGACGGCGGCGACGGAGCUGCUGGACUGGUGUGGCGACCCGCGGGCCUUCCAGCGACCCUUCGAGCAGAGUCUGAUGGGCUGUCUCACGGUGGUCAGCCGCGUCGCAGCGCAGCAGGGCUUCGACCUGGAGCUCGGGUACCGGCUCCUGGCCGUCUGCUCGCACAACAGGGACAAGUUCACCCCAAAGUCUGCAGAAACCAUCAGCUGCAGGAGAUGUCAGAGUGACUCAGCCCUCCUGUCGUCCUGGUGCGAGGAGCUCGGCCGCCUCCUCCUGCUGCGCCACCAGAAGAACCGACAGAGCGAGCCCCCCGGGAAGCUGCCCAUGCAGCCGCCCAUGAGCUCCAUGAAGCCCACCCUCUCGCACGGCGAUGGGUCCUUUCCUUACGAUUCUGUUCCCUGGCAACAAAACACCAACCAGCCGCCCGGAUCGCUGUCUGUGGUGACGACGGUUUGGGGUGUGACCAACACGUCUCAAAGCCAGGUACUGGGCAACCCGAUGGCCAAUGCCAACAAUCCCAUGAAUCCUGGCGGCAACCCCAUGGCGUCGGGCAUGUCAGGGAACAACCCUGGCAUCAACUCCCCCCAGUUCCCGGGCCAGCAGCAGCAGUUCUCCGCCAAGGGAAGCUCCAACCAGCCUUACAUGCAACAGGGCAUGUACGGGCGGCCCAGCUACCCCGGGGGCGGAGGUUUCGGCGCAAGUUACCCGGGAGGUCCGAAUCCCGGCGGCGGCAUGGGUAUCCCCCCUCACUCCCGAACCCCUGCUGACUUCACCCAGCCUGCCGCAGCCGCCGCCGCCGCUGCCGUCGCUGCCGCCGCCGCCACGGCUACAGCCACCGCAACGGCCACGGUGGCCGCUCUGCAGGAGACCCAGAACAAGGACAUGAACCAAUACGGACCGAUGUGUUCCUCUUUCCAGAUGGGACCUAGCCAGGCCUACAACAACCAAUUCAUGAACCAGCCGGGCCCCCGCGGGCCGCCGUCUAUCCCGGGCAACAUGAACCCAGCCGGCAUGGGCGGCGGCAUGAACGCCCCCAACAUGAGCGGGCCCCCGAUGGGUAUGAGCCAGCCCCGCGCCCCAGGCAUGAGCCCCUUUGGGAAUCACGGCCAGAGGAUGCCGCAGCAGGGCUAUCCGGGGCCACGGCCCCAGUCCAUGCCCAUGCAGAGCAUGAAGAGGCCCUAUCCUGGCGAGCCUAACUAUGGCGGCCAGCAGUAUGGACCAAACGGUCAAGGGUUUCCCAACCAGCAAGGGCAGUACCCCGCUCCGAAUGCCCCCAGGCCGCUGCCAUCUCCCAACUACCCUGGGCAGAGGAUGCAGGGGCAGCAGAGUUCGGGACAGUACCCGCCGCCCAGCGUGGCCAUGAGCCAGUAUUACAAGCAAGAACCGUUUAACGGCCAGAAUAACAACUUCUCUGGGAGCGGAUAUCCGUACAACCAAGGCAAUCUCAACGGGCCUCCACGACCCGUGGGUAACUACCCCCACUCGCCAGUGCCAGGCAACCCUACGCCGCCCAUGACGCCCGGCAGCACCAUCCCCCCAUACCUGUCCCCCAACCAAGACGUCAAGCCACCGUUCCCUCCAGAGAUCAAACCCAACAUGACGGCACUUCCGCCACCCGCCAACCCGAACGAGGAACUGCGGCUGACCUUCCCGGUGCGGGAUGGUGUGGUGCUGGAGCCCUUCCGGCUAGAGCAUAACCUGGCUGUCAGCAACCACGUCUUCCACCUACGCCCCACAGUGCACCAGACACUCAUGUGGAGGUCAGACCUGGAGCUGCAGUUCAAGUGCUACCACCACGAAGACCGGCAGAUGAACACAAACUGGCCGGCGUCGGUGCAGGUGAGCGUGAACGCCACACCGCUCACCAUCGAGAGGGGCGACAACAAGACAUCCCACAAGCCUCUGCACUUGAAGCACGUGUGUCAGCCAGGGAGGAACACCAUUCAGAUCACGGUCACGGCUUGCUGCUGCUCGCACCUCUUCGUCCUGCAGCUGGUCCACCGGCCCUCCGUGCGCUCCGUCCUCCAGGGCUUGCUGAAGAAGAGGCUGCUGCCAGCAGAACACUGCAUCACCAAAGUCAAGAGGAACUUCAGCAGCGCGGCGGCCUCGUCCGGGAACGCCACGCUCAACGGAGAGGAUGGAGUGGAGCAGACAGCCAUCAAGGUGUCCCUGAAGUGUCCCAUCACCUUUCGGCGCAUCCAGCUUCCGGCGCGAGGGCAUGACUGCAAACAUGUGCAGUGUUUUGACCUGGAGUCCUACUUGCAGCUGAACUGUGAGCGCGGAACGUGGCGAUGUCCAGUAUGCAAUAAAACAGCAUUGUUGGAGGGGCUGGAAGUGGACCAGUACAUGUGGGGCAUCCUGAACGCCAUCCAAAACUCGGAGUUUGAAGAGGUCACCAUUGACCCGACGUGUAGCUGGAGGCCAGUCGCAAUAAAGUCUGACAUCCACAUCAAGGAAGACCCAGAUGGACCGUUGGCCAAGAGGUUCAAAACCAUGAGUCCAAGCCAGAUGAUCAUGCCCAACGUGAUGGAGAUGAUUGCUCAGCUCGGCCCUGGGCCUUCCCCGUACCCGUCGUUACCUCCUCCUCCUGGUGGCCACAACAGUGACUAUGGGAACCAAGGAAACAGUUACCAGGGGCACGGAAACUUUGACUUCCCCCACGGUAACCCCGGUGGUACCUCCAUGAACGACUUCAUGCACGGACCCCAGCUGUCUCACCCGCCCGAUCUACCCAGCAGCCUUAUGAACCCAGACAAACCCCUAAGUCACAAUAUGCCCGACACAAUGCCUCCUCACCCUGUCAGCACUGAUCAGUCCCAUAGCUCCACGCAGCAGGGUUUGCACGUGCCUCCUCACCCCAGCAGCCAGUCAGGGCAGCCAUUGCAUCACAGUGGUGCGCCGCAGCCCCCCCGCCAGCCCCCACCACCGCAGCCCGGUUCUAACAGCCAUCCGCACGGCGACCUGACCUUUAACCCCUCCUCUGCCUUAGAAGGUCAGGCUGGCGGGCCGGUAGCCCCCGAUAUGCCGGAGCCCUCCUUGGAUCUCCUUCCGGAGCUCGCCAACCCGGACGAGUUGUUGUCGUACCUGGACCCUCCAGACCUCCCGAGCAAUAGCAACGACGACCUUUUGUCCCUCUUUGAAAACAACUGAGGGCGCCCCGUUGUCCGGAAGCGGCGCGAGUCGGACUGGCUGAAGUCAACGGCCGCUCAGUACUUGACGACACAAAGAUGCACUCCCUUGCUCUUCUUCCUCUUGUAAACAUGCGAUUCUCCCGCUCAAAUCGACUGAGAGUUAUUGUAAACACGCAGACAUGACGGUCCUGUCGGCUACCACGCAGCGAUACCUUCGAGAAAAAAAAGAAAAAACUGUGCAGCUAUGUUCGUUUCAUUUUUACGUCACACGGCGUUCUGUGUGGAAACCGGAAAAAGUAGCAUUUUUUUAAAAAUUCUGGUCUUAUUUCUAUUUAAGAAGAAAUUGAAAGGAAAAAAAAAAUCAACUGCCCAUUUUGGCCAGUGUCUGUAACCCCUUUGAACACUGAUGUUCCUGACUAUGAAAUCGUGGCUUCCCAAAUAUUUUUUUAACCAGUUAAAAGCACUGAUUUCCGCUGACCACCAGACAAAAGCACAAGAGAUUAUGGCAAACCGUGAUGUGAUUAUACAGGAAAACACCACAAAGGGAAGAACACGUGUGAUACAAUCAAGAGGGUACGAUGCCCUUGUUUUGCUCAUCAUAUGAAACUUUUUUUAGGUUCCCAAUGUAGAGAGAAGGAGUAAGUGUUCAAAGGUUUCAAUAAGCUCAUUUCCAUCUGCAGAUAAGGGAAAAGUCAAUGUUUCUGAGGAUUUGCGUGUGUGUGUGUGUGUGUGUGUGUGUGUGUUUGUGUGUGGUUUUUAAUUUUGUUUCAU